UUCAACAUGGCUGCGCCCAUACACAGUGCGGACACUGAAAUCGUCAACACAACUUGUCAUGAUGAAAUCUGACUGAAAAACGUAACGACUACUAUGUUGUCAUGAUAAAUUAAAAAACACUAAAGAUGUUCUGCAAGGAGAAGGCCUUAUGUGCAGACGAGCUGUUCAAGUGUCGACGCCAACAAGACAAGUCUGUGCCUCAGAAAGGUGGAGCCAAAGACUAUGCUCCAGAUGGAUCAUGGCUCCAGGACAAGCGACUCGAAGCAUUCCACCAGGAGAGAACAGCAGUAUUGUCAGAGCCAAGGGUAGAACGCUUGGGUGGCCUUGUGCAAGGGACAUGGAACCCUAGCAAGAAACUGGUUGAGUUCAAGAAGGAAAUGGGCAAGUUCUGGAGUCACAUGGGCUUUGUGGAUGAGAGUAGAAAAUGGUUGUUCCCUGAAGAAGCACUAUUUCUCACGGAAACUACUGUCCUUGAGGUGUACUAUGGUGGCGUUCCUCUCAGCAUCCAAGAGGCGUACGUCCGACUCCUGGGAGUGGAUAUUUCUGUGGAGGAGUAUCAGACAUACGCCCACCUGCGCCGACUUGGAUACGUCGUGCUGCGACACGUUGGAGGUUCCCAAAUCACGAAGUACGAGCGUCAGAUUAAGUUGGACCAACAUGUGAAGGAGUCGAGGAGGCGGCACCGAGAUAGAAGCAGACAGGCGCAGGGGGUGUCUGCAGAUGACAUGGAGGUUAAGAAACCGAGACUUGACCCAGCGGAAGACGAGACGGAUGAGACGUCAGGAGAUCGGGAGGAUGAGAUGGAUACAGGGUCCGGAAAAGACUCCGAGUUUAAAGAACCAGAAGACGAUGUGAAGAUGGAGAUGGACAGGGAACAGAUGGAUGGCAGGGAUGUUGAUAGGCUACAAAAUAAUCAACCAUCAUUUGCGAAAUUAGCAAAUCCAUGGAAUCUACCCACGGAGAGUGAAGGGAAGUUAUCAGUUCGACACACUGAGUGGGACUUUGAGACACUUGGCUUCCCAGAUAUAGGGGACAAGGAGACAGUGGUGUUGAAUAUUCCUCAGACUAAACAUCUGCCUCCGAAUGUAACUCUGGAUGAGGAAUAUGAGGACCUGUGUUUGUUUGAUGUGACUGAGUAUCGACAACAACAGGCGUCUCAGCGCCCCCAGCGGAGACGGGAGGCUGACAAUUACGUGUUUGACCUAAACUUUUCCUACUCUGCCUGGGCUCGCAGUCGGAAGAACAUUGUGGCAGCUAACUGGACAGAAUACAAACUAAAACUGAGGGAAUCUCAGCAUGAUGGGGCAGCGCCCUCUCCAGUUGAUCAUCUCUGGCAGGGGGAGGUAACUCCACUAGUGAAACCACAAGACGCCACAUCAACCAGAGAACUGCUGAGUCGGCUACAAGUGAUACAGAGUGUGGACCUGCCCAAACUAGUCAGCAAAAUUGAGAGACAUUCUAUGAAAAUAUCCUUUGAUGUCCACCUUCCUAAUGCCAAGUUCAAGAAAACUCGCCCUGGACUCCCCAAUCACAGAGUCUGUGUUGUCAGAAGCUGUGACCCCUAUCCUACAAUGGCUGAUAUAUCAGAGGCAGUGAACUGUUACCAUGACAACGUGCCGGUCAACUGGGCAGUGGUUGACAGUGGUGAUAUUGCCUUCUACAACAUGUCCAGUUUGUCACUCCCUGUCGAUGUAAUGAUGGGAUGAAAUAAAGCUGGUUUACCUGCC